AUGCAAUCUCGACGACGCUCGAUCAUCGUCUUCGCCGCGACGACCUCGUCGCCUCGCGAGUGCGCUAGGUCGCGCCCCUUCCCCACUACCGGCGUGCUCGGUCGCUUGCACCGCCAUCUCCACGCCUCGCUUGUAUACGACGACAUGCUUGAUCACGAAGACGACACGCAAGCGCCUCCCGCCAACACGACGCUCCUUCCCUCCCACCACCAUGUCCCCGUCGCCCUGCUGCGGUACGACGUGUCGCUCGUCGUUCACCGCCGUCGUCGUCGUGCCGUGUUUGCGCCCUACACGCGACUCUCCAGCUCGGGGAACCAGGGGACCCAGCACGGCCGCGACGUCGUGGGCGGAGAGUCAAGACCAUGCUCGUCUGCGCUGCAGGCAAGGUUGAUGACAAACAUCGCCGUCUGCCGGGGACACGCGACCGCCCCUUCCAUGAGCCUCUCGACGAUCGUGUGGUACUCUAGCCCCCUGCGAACCCCCCGCAAGGGGCAUUUCACCUUCAUUCUCUAUGACCCCGAGCCGCCGGAGGCACGCGCGCAGUACCCUCGGGCGUGGGCCGCGAAAGUGAAGGCCCCCUUUACCCUUAAGACCCCUUCGUGCAGGUACCGCCGCUUUUACACAUAG